AAAUAUAAUUGUCCUUGUAUAUUUCUAAUCAUCGUCUCUUUAAAUGUCAACCAGAUUCUAUAUCUUGUUUAAACAUUCCAACAGCUUCACACUUAUCACAUAUGUUUGUGAAAUCUACCUAUAUAUAAUAGGGUCCAAAGUAUGAAACUCACUUGAAAAUUUUCAACUUACUAGAUCACACAAGCCAAGAACAAGAAAAGUUGAGCAUGGCAGAUAAAUUUCAGGCUGGGGUUUGUGCAGAAAACUGGUGGAUGAAUCCAUACCAAAGCAACUUCGGAUCAUCGGUUUGUUCUCCGAUCAUCAACAACAUGGACAUGUUUUCGUGGCCAGCUGAUUUGGAUACGAAAGCAAGGGCCAGCACUGAUGAUCAAUCUGGUUCAGCAAAUAACUCCGAAGGGUCUAUAUUUUUCCAAGAUACUCAAAAACCGUUGAAUCAUGACUCUGUUGAAGGGAAUUUGUUAUCUGUGAAUUCUGGCUUAGACCUGAUGGAUAACGGGCUUUCGUCGUCGAUAACAACUGCAGACUGGAAUCAAGCUUUAUUUCAUGAUAGCAAGAGGAAUGAGUGCAAUUAUCAGCAUAGCCUACAAGAUAGCUUAAAUCCAAGCUCAAAUUAUCAACAAGCUGUUGGUGUUGAUCAUUUUUCUCAAAUCAAGAAAGAUUGGAGCCCUGAAAACUUUUCUGCCAUCGACGAAGUUACUUCCUUGGAUGCUUAUAAAGGGCCAACAAAUCAAGGUUUUCCAGUGAAUUCAUCCUCAUAUGGUUAUACUUCCUCCUUAAUACAAACCCUUUUUGAUACUAAUUCUGAUCAAGAUACGAUUUUUGGUAAUCGGUCAAUGGAUUAUCCGGAUACAACUAACCUUUAUCAAGAAAAGUUAAAUGGCUUUCUUUCUUCCUCAUUACACAAGCCUUCACCAGCACUGCCAAAACAAGCGCCUUUACUAGAUAAUUCAACCUGGAGUAGUGCAUCCAGUAAUGGCCUUUUCAGUACUCCACUGCAGUCUAAAUUCUUGCCACCAACAUUUGAAGAGAAGCUCAGUUGCUCCAAUCUCGGUGUAAAGCCUAACAAUGAAAGAAUUCGAGACAUGAGCAAGGUGGUGAAGAACAACAGCAGUACCGAACCGGUAUUUAAGAGACCAAGAAUGGAAACGCCAUCACCACUACCAACUUUUAAGGUAAGGAAAGAGAAGCUUGGGGACCGGGUAACAGCCCUCCAGCAAUUGGUCUCUCCUUUCGGAAAGACCGACACAGCAUCAGUUCUCCAUGAAGCUAUCGAGUACAUCAAGCUCCUUCAUGAUCAAGUCACUGUUCUAAUUAAUCCAUAUAAAAGAGGAUCUCCCAUUCAACAUGAACAGACUCUGGGUGAUCCUAAAAGAGCAGAUCAUCAAGAAUUAAGAAGCCGAGGACUAUGCGUUGUGCCUGUAUCGAGCACUUUCCCAGUUGCAUCAGAGACAACUGCUGACUUUUGGACACCAACAUUUGGAAAAAACUUCAGGUAGAGAAGCUAGAGCCUCCACCUUAUAUUUUGGAAUACUUACAACUUAACAUGGAAGGAUCAACUAAAAAGCUGCAUGGAGAGAUCAAACUAGAGAAAGAUCUUCCAAGUAGAAAAUGGUUGAUUAGGUAUUACUACUGAAGAAGGAUAAUAUUAAUGUGGAUUAGUUUGUAAUUAAAUAAAUAUUACGUGCAACACGUACGAUCGAGUUGGAUUAGGAACAGGAAUGGAUGCUAAAUUUAGCAGGAAUCCAUGAUUGGUAGUAGGUGAUGAGCUGAAUUUAGCAGUACAAGCUGUAUAUGGUGUAAACCAAAAGACUUAUCUGUUCCUGUUUCUAUGCUUUUACAUUUUCAUUUGAGAGACAAAGAAGAGAAAGAUGCAGACUUGUGUCUCACUUUUGGUUUGUUUAUUACAAUUAUUAGUAGGGUUCCUCCAUAUAUGCAAUUAUUCUCUUGCUUUCUUCUUUUCA